GCACGGCGCUUCUCUCGCUGAAAUGAUGUACAUACUGCUCUUUUGGUUCGUACUCCACAUAGUUGGCCUCAUACGAGGGCGUUCCGUGGGUGGAGGGUCUGAAAACUGGGACGACGAGAUGUUGAUGCCCCAGCCCGAUGCCACUAUAUUUGCCUAUAAUCAAACUGAUAAGGAAUUCGUUUGGAACUGAGUACAGCAAAAAUUGUAAAUAAAGUGACUUGUAGUUUUAGAAACAGAUUAUGUGGCUUUAAUUGAUAUUAAAUAUUAGGCAGCUCUUUAAGUACCCUAGAACCUAAAGGUG